AUCUUUGAUUUUUUAUUUCCAAAGCGAUUGUACUAUCUUAGAAAUAGAAAGUCUGGAUGACCUCUUCAAAGCCUCUGCAUCAGCUGCCAUUUGCAGCCAGAACCCUACAGUCUUCUGUACCCCAGCUUCCCCUCUCCUCGCAGCCAUCCGCCCAACGCCGCUCCACAAUCUUCAAAAGUUCUACUCCCGGAAUAUGGGCUCGAGUAAAUCCCAUGUGGGCUCCGUGGCCUAUUCGAGUCAGUAAAGAGGAAGCUGAAGAUUUGGGUAUUAACGUAGAGAAAGGCGAGAAAAUUGAUGCGGAGGAUAUUAUGAAAAGCUGGGAGCCCUGUGAGGUGCUCGAACAGGGUGCAGAGAAUGGACUGGACGUGAAGAGUUCGAAGAGAAGGGUGAAGCUUGACCCGGUCAUAUUGGGUAUUUCGCCUUCAGCUCUAAAGGAUUCUUUGCCGCACCUUGAUGUUGGUGACCUUCUGGAAAUUUGCAAGACUGGUGAACAACCUACCAGUGGCGAUCCGGCGAGGGAAAUCUUCAUUGACGUCCUAUCUGGACGCAAAAUUCUUGCGUCGGAUUCUUACGGCCCAUGGGCGACCAGAUACUCGGGGCAUCAAUUUGGAGGAUGGGCUGGUCAACUAGGAGAUGGUAGAGCCGUUUCGGUUCUGGAAACUGAGAGCGAACAAGGUGGUCGGCAGGAGAUCCAGCUCAAAGGCGCUGGACGUACACCCUUCUCAAGAGCUGAUGAUGGCUUGGCUCAUUUACGAAGCGGCGUUAGAGAGUUCCUCGGCUGUGAAGCUGUUGCUGCGCUCGGUAUUCCUACAACGCGGGCUCUCACCCUUCUCACCAUUCCCCUCCCGUACCUCCCAGUUUUCCGAGAAGGAACUAUUCACCCUUCCUCUCUUUUGACCCGUGUUGCACCUUCUUUCAUUCGAGUAGGUCAUUUCGAGGCGCUCAAUCCACCAUCUUCGGCAGCGGGUGGGAAGCAGUUCUUCGUAGGAGGUGGCGGUUGGGUAGAUGACCAAACGGAUGAAGAGGGCGAAGACGAAGGGAAUGGGAAUUUUGAAGGUCUGAGGGACCUAGGAGAGUGGAUGAAGGAGAUUAUGGAGGUCAAAGAAGGGUGGAAAUCAUGGGUCGACGAGGUGAUCAAGAAAAAUGCGGAGAUGGUCGCCAAAUGGCAGGUAUAUGGCUAUAUGAAUGGGGUGAUCAACACCGAUAACGUGACCCUCAUGGGUAUCACGAUUGAUUAUGGCCCUUAUGCUUUCAUGGAUGUAUUUGACCAGAAACACAUCUCAAAUCAAUCAGACCCUACCGGGAUGUAUGCCUAUCGUAAUCAAGUAUCUCGCGUCCAAUUCGCACUGUCCAAAUUCAUCGACUCUGUAUCCCCUUUACUCGGCUACGAAUCAAUCCACGGCGACAUCCCUAAAGGAUGGAGUGAGGGCAAGACUAAAGAAGACAUCAAAGAAUGGAGUGAAAAAGGCAAAGAGGUCAUGAAGGGCUGGGAAAAGAGCUUUGAAGAGUAUGAGGAAGAAUCUGAGAUGAAUGGAUGGUAUCAGAGAUUCGGUCUCAAGACGAAACAGCAGUUCGAUCAGCGUGAUAUCAAAUACGACUUUCUAAACUAUUUGCAACUUCACAAUCUUGAUUUCCACACGGCUUUCAGAGGCCUCUGCGAAUUUUCACCUACCAAAGCAAGUCAAGAAAGCGGAGAUAAGUAUAUUAAGGAAUUUGUUCCACACUGGGUGAAGUCAGCAGUUGACGAGUCUGCUUCCGACGAUUCCCUUAAAUUGGUAGAAGGAGACUUUGUCCAAUGGUUUGGGAUGUACGCCAAGAGAGCGAACCUCGAGGACGAAAAAUUUGCCUGGGGUACUACCGAUGACUGGGAACCCGCGCGCGCUGCGAAUAUGCGAAAGAAGAAUCCUACAUUCGUGCUUCGUCAAUGGAUCCUAGAGGAAUUGCUUGGUAAGAUGGAAGAAGCUCUUACGGAUCCAUACAAGGCUGCACAGAGUAAGGAUGAUGUGGACAAACAGAAGGUAGAGGAAGGGGUUAGAACUGCCAGAAGAGAGUUAUGGAAGAUUCUUGAGAUGGCCACCAAACCAUUUGAGAACUGGGGGCAAGGUGAGGGGUCUCGAGAGGAGCUUGAAGCGCAGAGACGUUUAUGCGGAGUUGGGGCAAAAGAGAUGUUUGGUUACCAAUGUGGUUGUUCUAGUUAGUUUGAUCAUUUGUACAAGCAGGCCCGUCCAGAAACAUGUAGCGAUAGUCGAUCAAACUGCAUAUUUACCACUUCAACAAGGC